AUGCGAAGGGGGUCAUGCGGCACUGCAGCAGCUUUGUUCUUGACUUCUCUGACUCUUCAGGGAUGCGAGGGUGGGCGAUGGGUGAUGAAAGGCUCCUUCGUGGCGCUGCUCAUCGGCAUGCUCCCCUGCGUGCUCCUGGCACGCAAGCUCUCGCGCGCCGAACUCCAAUGGCUCUCGGUCGUGGGCGAGAACGAAGACGACGAGAAAGCACCGCCGCAGCGCGCGCGAGCGCGGCGGCGAUCAGCGCCGCGGAGAUCGCGGUGCUUUUGGACCACGCUGGUGGUGGGUCUCAGUUGGCUUCCUUGGCUUCUGGUGAUGCUCUUCACUGCAUGGCUUCCUGUGUGGCUGAAUCUGUGCUCUUGUCGGAUGGCAGCAGUGUGCGAUGUGGACUGGCUGGGCUUUCCCAAUGGCUGCCGCUGUCCUUCCAGAGGAACAACUCCGGACGAUAUUGAGUAUCUCUAUAAGGGUAGCGACUAUUGCUGGCACUGCCCUGAGAACAUGCUCUCGGUGGCCUCUGCCGAAGAGUCUGCGGACUGCGUUUGCGACGCCCAGUCGAUCCCAUGUUGUGGUCAGGAUGGUUUCGUGAACUGUUCCUCCUGGGGCUGCGGCAGUGGCGAGUGUGCCCGCUGCCCGAGCGGCUUCAGCGUCUUUUCAUUCCGCCAUCAACAGCAGCGCUGCGUUUGCGCGGUCGUCCGGGCAGACAGCACUACCGCUCCGAUGACGCUGCCGAACCAGUGGCAGUUGGACUGCGAGAUGUGCAGUGGAACCAGCGAAUGCCUUUGCCCCAUCGGCUACUUCCUGGCAGACACUGGCAACUCCUGCAUUCAAUGUCCAGACGGCUCAAGCAACACAGAGCCUGGCGCCUCGAGCUGCAACGUGGGGAUCCAAUUGGACGUGCCCAUCGCCUUGGCAGGUUUUGUUGCAAUUCUCUACACCCUUUGUCCCCUCCUCGUCGCCUGUUGGUUGCGCUUCCGCUGGCCGAUGAUGCUGGACAUUUUGGUGUCCUCGUUGGACUUUGGCUCCGACCUCUUUUGGCUUCUCACCGGCCGCUUCUACCAGGAAGCCACGCUGAGAUUGGGCUUUUGCUUCGUAUUGGGCAGUAGCUUGGUCUUCAUUCUCGCCUUCUAUUUCCGUGGCUGUCCCCCGCUCUUGCUCCGCAUCCUGGAAGAGUCGGAGGCCCCGGUGAGCGUGGGCGACGUGGCAGAGGGCAUGGUGCCGUGGCUGCUGUUGCCGCUGAUCUUGCCGUGGAAGACCCUGAAGAUUAUCGCUCGUGGCACUCUUCGCUGUCUUCGCCGCCAAGACGUCAAAGGCUGCGUGUGCCGGUCCAGAGCUUUAAGGAUCUUGGAGAAGGCUCGGCAGCGCCUUCUGCGACGAGGAACUUAUCAGGUCUUUGAGACGAUUGAAGGGGAGCUGCAAUACUUGGUCGCCAAUCUUUGCGUCACGAUGUGUUUGAUUCUCUCCUUGGCAUUCGGUUGGCUGCUGGUGGCACUGGGUCUCCUGGCUGCGUUCGUGAUCGCCGUGGCCAGCGCUUCGGCCAUGAUCCUGAUGCUUCCGGUGCUCAUGGUCCUCGCUGGGCUCUUCGGAGUCAUCGUGAUGCUGAUGUACCUCUUCUGGUGUGCCCUGCUGAGCCUGGUGGUGAUCGUGGGCUUGAUCCUCUUGGGCAUGCUGCUGCACUUGACUCGCUUGCUGGCCGCCGAGGUGGUCUCCAGCUGGUACGGCGCGUUGUGGGCACGACAGGAUCCGCAAAGACACAAGCUGCCUCAGAGCCCCUCCUCGUCGCCCAGCCUCCGCGCCGUGGCCGCUGAGCCGCCCUCGCCGUCUCCGCCGCCGACGUCGGCGUCGGCGCUGCGCUUUCUGCCGCAGGAGCCAGAUGGUGAACCUCCUCCGUUGGCACCCGCGAGCCCACGCACCGCGCGGCGCGAGCGCGAGUGGGCGGAGCUGGAGUUGAGGAGCUUCGCUUGGAAUGAGACGUUGUGGAACUGGCUGGUCUUUGGCGAGCUCGUGUGUGAAACACUGCCAAUGCUCGUGCUGAACGUGUGGAAUUGGACGCUGUUGGAGGGGGCAGGCGUACCUGAUGUGAGCCUGGCGAAUGUGGGAGCCCUGGUGUCUUCAUGCAUGAUGUUGGCCAGACUGGGCUAUUGGCAGUUCUAUCACGUGUGGUUCAAUGACUACGGGAUUUGGGAGGUUCCUACCCGCCUUCGCCCACGACCGAAGUCCCGCAAAGCGCAGAGCCGUGGGUCGCUCCGCGUCAGUGGCCGCCUCCACGGAACCGCAGACUGCACCCCAAAGGAACCGCCGAGCGCUCCCGCCGACCUCGUGGAGCCGGCAGAAGUCAUCGGACGCGUCGAGAAGUCAUGCGCACAGCGCGAAGAGGGGCCGAACAAGAUCCGGGCGACGCCAGCGCCCCCGGUGACGACGUUCGAGGACGUCGAUGAGGACGUCGAUGAUCGUGAGGAUGUGCGUAGCGUGCGUGAGUGGCUGGGGCAGUCAGAGAGCGAGCUGCUGACGUGA